UUUCUGCAAACAUCAAGUCAGGUGAAGGACUGGUCUGCAUUGUCAUUUGAGCAGUUUUAGUUGAAGCUUCAAUUAAUUAGACCAAUAAAAAUGGCGAUAGGCUAUCGAUGUUAUAGACCGAAGCUCGCUGAUUUUGGGUUAACGACCAAGGAUUCCAGUGUGUUUUACUCCGCGCAGUGGACAAAAUGGCCCCGAUUCCAUUACGUGUUCGUGUUGUACCGUAUCCUGGUAGCUCUCUAUGUGCUGGGUAUCUUUAUCAUGGUUCUGGUCCAUGACGUCAGACUACGUGGAGGUCAAUCCUUUGUUUAUCUGACCAUGCUGGCAUUUAUAGUUGUCUUCAUCUAUCUAAUGGUUGCUGGCUUUGUUGCUUGGCUCGAUGGCAUCAUCUUGCGUGCACGAAACCAUGAAGUGAUGGCCAUAAGACACAAGAUCCAGUGGUUUUUCUUCAAUGUAACCAUCGAUACCAACCUCAUUGUCACCAUCCUUUACUGGAGCUUCUUGUACAGUCCAGAGCAGAAUCCACCAAGCUUUCGCAACUUCAACGUCCAUGCUACACCUGCCAUCAUCACGACACUGGAUCUGUUCUUGACGGCGAUUCCUGUGCGGUUCCUUCACUUCAUCUACCCUUUGGGUUUCGCCAUUUCCUACAUCGUCAUGACUCUCAUCUUCUGGGCAGCUGGGGGAAGGACGCCCUCCGGGCCAAUCUAUCCUUUCUUAGAUUACGACGACGAUCCUGGCCUUGCUGCAGGGGGUAUUUGUGGGGCUAUUGCCCUCGGUUUUGUCGUGCAUUGCGCCUUUUGGUGCAUUUACAAAUUCCGGGUGUGGGUAUGGACGAAAUGUAGGGGUGAUCAGAUCUCAGACGAACUAAGCAUAAUAGACACUCCCAUGUAAGACAAGUGGAAAAGCACACAAUAUGGCCUCAGCAAAGCUGAAACAUCGCAUUACUACUUUUGGGCCCCGAGCUGAGUUUUACGGGGCUCUGGAAGUGUCGUCCGAUUUCUCAAGCUUGAGUCUGAAACAUGAUUUCUCAUGACAUGACAACAUGUCGCAGGCUAGAUGACAACAUCCUGGAAUAACGACAUCCUGAAAGUAAACUGACGACAUCGUGAGAUAAUAUACCGCAGGAUGACGGCAUUCUGAAGUAAUGUAACACGGAGUGGUGACAUCCUGCCAAUGUGAUAUCGACAUCCGCAGAUAAUUUACACAUCCUGAAAGUAAGCGAUACAUUAUCUUUGGGUGUCGACAUCCUACUCUGAGGAUAUCACCAAGGAAACUGUCUUCAUUAGUCACGUUGUCACCAUGGUAAGACUGUGAAAAAAGAUGUAAAUUUCCUACUUCAGGGAUGUUGACAACCUGCCUGUAACAUGACUGUUGUCAUCCUUAGAAUGAUACUGUCAGGAACUCAACACGUUGGACGGCACCUCCAGAUCUCCGUAGAUUUUGGCUCGACACACGAAAUUAUUUGAAUAGGCAAGACAUCUUCUCAAUAUUUGUCGCCUGAAUUAAUCGAUAACUUUUGUGAACAUUUUUAAUGAUUGCCAUUUUGUGAUCAAUAAAUGGAUACUUCGUUGCAUAAUAUUCGUCCAUUAUGAAUUCUCAGCAUAACCAUAGCAUAACAAAACACACCACACGUCAUGCAGGCAACUGACUAAAUUCAGUCUCAUUAAUUAGAAUCACGAACUCAGUGUAAAGCAGCCUAUAGGAUUGACCUUCGUGAGAAUUGGUCUUUUAUCAUCCAUUGAGGUUGCCUGGGGAUAUCGCGUGGAAACUCACUAAAUUUACCGUACUCCUGUGAAGGUGGUAAUAAAACCCCAAGGAUCGCUGUCUGAAAACAAGCUUUUCAAAACUGCGCUCAUUACGGCACAAC